AUGUCUCGGGAGAGGCCCCCCCGCACCGACAUUCCCCGCAACCUCAGCUUCAUCGCGGCGCUGACCGAGCGCGCCUACUACCGCAGCCAGCGGCCCAGCCUGGAGGAGGAGCUGCAGCCGGAGGAGGAGGAGCCGGAGCCCCGCGAGGGGGGCGGGGCGCACCUCAGGCCUCGCUCCCGCGCCUUAGCCCCCGGGCGGGGCCGGCGGGCCCGUUCUGCCCCCGCUGGAGGGGGCGCUCGGAUCUCGCGCAGCCGCAGCCCCGACACCCGCAAGAGGGUGCGCUUCGCCGACGCGCUGGGGCUGGAGUUGGCGGCUGUCCGCCGCUUCUGCCCCGGGGAGCUCCCUCGCGUGCCCCGCCACGUGCAGAUCCAGCUGCAGCGCGACGCCCUCAGGCACUUCGGGCCCUGUCCCCCCAGAACCCGCAGCCUCCAGGAGGCGCGCGCUGCCCUCGAGCCCGCCCGCGAGCCCGGCUUCGCCGCCCGCCUGCAUGCCCAGCGCAUAUGCCUGGAACGAGCAGAGGCGGGCCCGCUGGGCGUGGCUGGGAGCGCGCGCGUGCUGGACCUGGCCUACGAGAAGCACGUGAGCGUGCGCUGGAGCGCGGACGGUUGGCGCAGCCAGCGCGAAGCUCUCGCCACCUACGCAGGCCCGGCUCCGCCCCCGCCGCGUGCGGAUCGAUUCGCCUUCCGCUUGCCCGCUCCGCCAACUGGAGGCUCCUUGCUUUUCGCUCUGCGCUACCGCGUAACAGGUCUUGAGUUCUGGGACAACAACGGCGGCCGCGACUACGCGCUGCGGGGGCCCGACUCCCCCGGCGGCGGCGGCGGUGGCGACCCGGAACCCCAGGGCUGGAUCCACUUUAUCUGAGCGCGGAAAGGGAAACCCAAGGAUCAGGAGAAAGUGCGGAAAACGGCGGGAGAAACCAAAGGAACACGGGCUUGGGGGGGAGCCAAGGGUGUGGGAGUGAGAAUUGUGGGAGAGUGAAGCUUCAUUGAUGGGAGGGGUGAGGGAAGGGAAGUAGUUCGCGCGCACGCGCAAGAGAAUGAGAGAAACCAAAAGUUACGUCGAAGGGGAGGUUGGAUGCAUCCAGUGGGAACAGAGAAUAUCAGAGACCAGUAUUUCAGGCGGGGGAGGAGAGACAGUUCGUAGCUGUAGUAGAAACCAAAAGGGUUUGGGGGAGGAGGGAAACCCAAGAUAAGUGCUGUUCUGCUCAGCAGGCUAAGGAGGUCGUUUGCUAACAGCUAGAAGGGACCUUUGAGGUCAUUUACUCUGACCCCUUCAUUUUGGAGAUGAGAUACUGAGGCUUUCAGAGGGGAAGUCACUUGCUAGAGGACUUACCACUUCUGUCAAUGGCAGAGCGAAGAUCUGAACGAGGGUUCCCCAGAUUCAACAUUCUUGGCCUCCCCCAAAACGUAGACUAAAAGGGACGGGUCUGGUGAAGCCUCAGAAUUGCUUGAGUUCGACUCACGAGUUGGGGGAAGUGCUCCAGAAUACAGAAAGGCUCCUUUAGACUCCCCAAGGAUCCCUGCUUAACUUUCUCAGCCAGUCCCACAAGCUGGGCACUGAAAGGGGAGAGAACCUUGGACCCUAGAAACCUGGCCCUUCUAAAUUAAGUCGGGAGAAGGGAUGGCUGGGCAGGAGAGGAUGAAUAUAGAUGGCACUCAAAGGAAGUCAAACUCUCAGCUGUGGUCGUUGCAGUUUUCCAUCUGGGGUUGUCCAACCCUGCCAUACCUUCCAGUUCUUCCUGUCAGUUGACCUCCAAUUUGGUAAUUUCUCGUGGAUCCCUAGUGCCACGUCUUGAAUCCCCUUUGAAGUGACCCAGUCAAUUGUCUACCCUUUGGAAUUUCCAACCGUAAGGCAGCCCUGCUAAUUUUUUCCUUGAGGCUUCAGUCUGUGUUGGCUUUGGGAGUUUAAGAGAUAGGCAGGCUUCAUCCAGUCCUCAGACUUCAAAAAAGGCUGGGACAUACAGACGUCGUGUGCCAGCUGUGCUUUUCUGACGUCCAUAAAGAUCUCAGUAUAUUUUUUAUAUACUUUUCAGGAAGAAUUGGAUAAAGAGAAAAUAAUUGUCUCCAUUUUACAGAAUAGUAAAUUAAAAUAGGAAAAGGGGGCCCCAUGGUCAUAGUAAAAAAAAGUCUAAGCUGGAUAAUAUUGUGCCUACUCUAACUUUGGGAAACUUGUUUUUUUAUCUCUAAAAUGGGAGAGUUGAAUUAAAUAACUUUUAAAAUUUA